GCAUGCGACACCUAUCGUCAGAACGAGUGGUCCACGCAGUCCACGAUCUCGUUCAUUCCUACUGUCUUUUCCACGUUUCUGUGUUGCGGUGUAGAAGACGUUUCGUGUCCCCGUGACUUAAAAAUGCGUUACGUCGCCGCUUACCUCCUGGCCUCCAUGGGUGGCAACAAAGACCCAUCCGCCGCCGACAUCGAGAAGAUCCUCGGUAGCGUCGGCAUCGAAUCCGACAGCGAGCGACUCAACAAGGUCAUCAGCGAGCUGAAGGGAAAGACCGUCGACGAAGUCAUCGCGAAGGGCAAGGAAAAGCUGGCUACUAUGCCCUCUGGUGGUGGUGCAGCUGCUGCUGCGGCGCCCGCUCCUGCGGCCGCUGCUGGUGGUGGCGCAGCAGCUCCAAAGGAAGCAGCCAAGAAAGAGGAAAAGAAGGAAGAGUCCGAGGAGGAUGACGACAUGGGUUUCGGCCUGUUCGACUAACGUCGCAACACUGACACAAGCCAUUUUCAUUGUAAAUGAAGUUCAUGGUUGCUCUCUUG